AUGUCUAUAAAACCAAUAUCAACAAAUGAUUUAUAUCAACAUUAUAUUUCAUCAUUAAAUGUAUUACCAAAAAUUUCAAAAAAAAAUCAUCCUAUAACAAGUUUUUAUAUAAAUGAUAUACUUGGUGAUUCAAUAAAAACUUAUAAUAAAGAUUAUUGUCAAUCAAUUUUAAUAAAUAAUAAUAAUAAUAAUAAUGAAGAUUUAUUAAAUAAUAUAGAAAAGAAAAAAAAGAAAAAAGCUCGAACAACAUUUACAGGUAAACAAAUAUUUGAACUUGAAAAAAAAUUUGAAGAUAAAAAAUAUUUAUCAUCAACUGAACGUGCUGAAAUGGCAACAUUACUUACUGUUACUGAAACACAAGUUAAAAUUUGGUUUCAAAAUCGUCGUACAAAAUGGAAAAAAGCAGAAAAUAUAUCAAAUGCAGAAGCAGCUGAACAUAAAUUAGGUAUAAGAAAAAUGUCAUCAUCAUCAUCAUCAUUAGAUCAUAAUCAAAAUCAAUUUAUUAAAAUAUCUAUGGAUGAUAAUACAAGUUGUAAAAAUAGUAUUUGUAGUUCAAUGGAUUCACAACGAUCUGAUGAACAAAUUUAUAAUGCAUCAACUUUAUCAACAUUUCCUUUAUUUUAUUUUAAUGAUUUUCAACAUUUACUUCGAUCAUCAUCAUCAACAUCAACACUUAAUGGAUGUUGUUCUUAUUCAAUUUCUUCACCAUCAACUUCUUCACCUUUACUAAAUUCGGAAAUAAAUCAUUGUUCAUCAUCAUGUUCUACAUCUAUGAAUGAUAAUAGUGAUAAUUUUAAAGCAAAUGAAAAUAUGCGAGAUAUUCAAGAUCAUGCUCGAGACAGAGAACGUGAUUAA